AUGCCCCCCUGGAUUCUCCCUGGGCGUCGCAAUAAUAUGUACCCAUUGUGGGACCAGACGCUCUCAGAUCUGGUGGUAAACAUCCCAAACUUAAUUGUUGCACCUCAAUUCCCUCUUUGGUUUGUGCCUAGAGAUGACGAUCGUGAGGAUGAAAAUGAUGGCGAUGAUCCGGAAGAGAUAGUAGUAGUACCUGAGGGAGAGCAGGAAGCCCGAGGAAGUCGUAUUAUCAAGGACGAGGACGAGGACGACGGAGACCUCGAGAUUGGAGUGGGCGAUAUCUCUUUCGCAUCAACCGUCCCGGAAAAAAAUGCCGGUGUCCUUGUGGAUUUCGCGAUCCUCAAUCUGACCGCAGUGGCUCAGCCACUGCAGAGGGAUCGUUAUGGAGGAUGGAGGAUUACUGCGGCGAGCGUCGGCCUUCUCGUAGAAGUGAAAAGAUUUCCGAGCAGGAGUCUGACAGGGGAGGAACAGGAAUCGCGGAUUUUUGGGCCGCUUGCCGAAGCCAAGAACGAUUUGAUUGAACAAGCUGGAUACCUCUUCUUGCAAGACACAGACAUGAAUUCCGUCUUGGCCAUCGCAGCCACAGGUCCGUAUUGGAGUGGUACUACGAUACGUCGUGGCGACGUCAAUCAGACUAUGCACCGUCUGUCAGAAAAGGACCCAAGUUAUCUAGCGCCCAGUGAACGACGCCCUGACCAGAAGCUGAGUUGGAACAAUGUUCUUCGCGUUGAUGUCCCGCGUUCUAGAGACCGCUUGCACACGAUAUACAACACUUUAAAGGACAUGGGAGUGUUAGAAGUGCCGGCGGAUGUAUGA